UGGACCCGAAACAUCACCUGUCCAUGUUCUCCAGAGGUGCUACUUGACCCGCUGAGUUAAUCCGGCACUUGUGCCUUUUUGCUGUGAAGCAGCAUCUGCAGUUCCAUGUUUCUGCAUCUUCACACUGAACGCUUGCAGCCGAAUUACAUUCAUUCCCCGAGACGGCAGCGUGAGCGGUGGACGCUCACGGUUCUGCAAGGGGGUCAGCAGUUACCCGAAAGGAAAUGCUUUUUGAACUAGGAAGAGGUGGAGUUAAAAUGGCUUCGAAAGAUGAAGUCGAGAGUUGGACCGAGGAGGUAAUUUGUCCCAUUUGCCUGGAUUUCUUCACCGAUCCGGUGUCACUGGAGUGUGGGGAAAACUUCUGCCGCUCCUGUAUCACACAGAGUUGGGACAGGGAGGGGAGAAACUCCUGCCCGGAAUGUAGAAAGGUCUUUACAGACCGCACCCUCAGGGUGAAUCGGGCCUUGGCGAGACUGUCUGAGAAAGCUCGAACACUGAGCCUGAAUCGGACAGAGGAGGAAAAUAAACUUCAGUGCGAGGAACAUCAGGAAGAACUGAAGCUGUUUUGUGAAACUGACAAGAAGCUGAUCUGUGUGGUUUGUGCAGCUGGGCGGGAACACAGAGAUCACCGCUUCAUGCCGGUUAAAGAAGCUGUCAAAAACUACAAGGAUCAGAUUAAAUCUUCCAUCCAGUCUCACAAAAAAGAAAUCAGAGAUCCAGCGAAUGGAGCAGCAACAGAAGAUUUCUGGAGUUCUGUCUCCGUCACCCUGGAUGUGGAAACCGCGCAUCCGCUGCUCGAGGUGUCUGAGGAUCGGAAGAGAGUGAGACGGACCCGGACCCGGAGGUGUCUCCCUGACACCGGGAAGAGGUUUACAGACUGGGCAUGUUUGCUGGGAUCGGAGGGAUUCACAUCGGGGAGACAUUACUGGGAGGUGGAGGUGGCGGGGAGUCAGGGCUGGAGUCUGGGAGUCGCCGCAGAGUCUGUGGAGAGGAAGAGAAGGUGCACGCCGUCCCCGGACACUGGUAUCUGGGGCAUCUGGCGAGAUGGUGAGCAGUUUGAAGCAGUCACCUCCCCUCCAUCCCGUAUCCCCAACCGGCCCGUCCCCGCGAGGGUGGGAGUUUAUCUCUGUUACGAGUCCGGGACAGUUUCAUUUUACGACGCGGACACCAAGUCCCAUCUCCACACGUUCAGUGAGAAUAAAUUCACGGAGAAACUUUAUCCUUUCUUCGGGCCUUGGGAACAAAACCAGUGGCUGAGAAUCUGCUCCAGUUCCGCUCCGGAUGUGUAAAAGGGUUGCUGGCCAACAGGUCGGCGCCAGUUUGGGGUCGGUGGACAACAGAUCGGCGCUGAGCGACUCCCAAUUAAUCCCAAUAUACCACGUCGUAAAACCCCAGUGAGCGCGGAAAUAGAACCAGAGGGAAUGUAAAUGUUAGGAAGAGUGAAAUAAACUGCAACUGAAAUCAGA